AUGGUAUUUUAUAUUUCCUCAAAGGGUAACCAAAUAAAUGACUACGUUAUAACUAGAUCAGUAAGUUCCAAGAGAGAUUACAUCGACGGGUUCAAAAAGGACAAUCCGAAGUAUAGAAGUAGCGAAGGCAACGGUUUCGACAUCGGUAACGGUUUCGAAGUUGGUAACAGAAUCGAAGUUGGUAACAGAAUCGAAGUUGGCAACGGUUUCGAAGUUGAAAGCAGAGUCCAAGUUGGUAACAGAGUCGAAGCUGGUAGCGGAGUCGACCUUGGGAGUGACACCCAUCCUGGUAGCGGCGUCCCCACUGACAAAGGCCCCUCCCCCCAGGGAAACAUCAUCGACGCGGGGAAAAGCCACAGAGAUAUCGAGCGAAACCUUUUUAAUCUUAAAAAUGGUAUAAAAAACUCGGUUGACUUUGGCUUGUUCAUAAAAUUAAAAGACAUUAAUAGCUUGUCAAACGACAACAUACACGAAAUUAAUGAGCUGUUAAAGAAGGAGAAACAGAAGGAUAGAGUGAAAGAGAGAGAAAGGCGACCCAGUACUGAGUCCAAAGAUUCGAAUUACAAAAAGAAGCAGGAAUAUCAAGAGGCAGAUAGCGAGAAGGAAGAGGCAGGACAGGAACAACACAAAACAAAACAAUUUGGUGCAUCACAGGAGUUCCUACUGCAAUAUCAUCACGAACUCCAACAACAGCAGCAGAAACAGAAGCAGAAGAAACAGAUACGACAGCAACGACAUCAGCGGCAGCAGACAGGGGAAGACGAUCAGGAGGAAUCCAUUUACGUGAGGAAGUACAACAAAAGGAGGGAGAAAAAAAUCGAACCCUACACUGAGUGGACCGGCUCACGCGCGGAGAGUAACGCUCUAUGUGAUAAUAGCGCCAUACGAGAGAGCAGUGGCGCGCACGACGGCAGAAGCGUAUUUGAGGAUAGCAACCCGCGUGAUAGUAGCGACCAACGUGAGAUCGGCAACCCACGUGAUAGUAGCGUCCAACGUGAGAGCGGCAACCCACGUGAGAGCAGCAACCAACGUGGGAGCGGCAACCCACGUGAAAGCAGCAACCCACGUGAGAACAUCGGGCUGCGGGAUAGCUCCUGCAUGCGGAACAUCGACUACAGCCUUUGGAACAGAAUAGGAGAGCGCAGCCUAAAUCAAGCACUGAUACAUAGAGGAGUCACAACUGAGAAGGAAAAGAGAAAAUACAACAAAAUGAAUAACAACACGGACGUUAUUGUCAAUACUGGAAGUAACAACACGUGUGGAGUUCGAAGUGGAGGAAACAUCAGGGGGGCUGGGAGCAUGCGAGGCAGCAGUGUGAGAGGCAGUGGCAUGAGGGGAAGCGGUAUGAGAGGAAGUGGAGUGAGAGGUAGCAGCAUUAGAAGUAGUAGCAUCAGAAGCAACAGUGUCAGGAGUACCAGCGUCAGAAGCAACAAUGGCAGGACUGGUGCAAUCAAAAACGGUAAUAAUCCAAACCACAAAGGUAACAACAAUGAGUACUACUCUACUUACAACUACAGAUACCCUUAUGAAGAUGGCAGACCGAGGGAAAUGCUAAUUCGAGAAGAAAAUACCAGCAUGAAAAAACAAUACAGCAAUGUCAUUAACGAGUUUGAUCACAUCGAAAUUGUGAAUAACAUAUCCGAUGAUGAGAAAAACGAACAAAUAGAAGAACAGAUAAAGGAAUUGGAGGAACUGGACAUUUUAGAAAGGCGACGGGAUGGAAGGUUAAAUGAGGGCUGCUUACCAACGGUGAAGAAGGAUGAGGAGAAACUUAAAAAAAUCGAAAGAGGAGAUGGAGCCACAUCAGUAACAGUGACCCAAACAGGAGGAUUAGGAGGAGGAGGAAUCGAUAGAACACGCUUAACUAAUCAUGAGAGCGAUUGCUACGAUCAGUAUGCGCAACGUAACCUCCUCAAACAUGUGCAUGCCAAUCACCAUGACGUGAAUCGAGACCCCAGCAAUGACCGAAGCGAAGUAAUAACCGAAUUAAGCAGAGCGCAGUUGUGCCAAGCCAAGUCGGAAAAUGCCAUUAGAGAGGAACCCAAACGAUUUAUCGACUCCAAUGCAUUCAAAAUGACGUACGUCUGUAAUAACGGCAGCGGUAAUAAUGAUGCAGGUAAUAAUGGACAUAUCAGUAACGAUCCCAUUACUAGCAACACUUACAACGAUGCGGCUAAUGAUGCGAUCAACGAUGUGACCAAUGAUGCGAUCAACGAUGUGACCAAUGAUGCGAUCAACGAUAUGGCCAACGAUGCGGUCAACGAUGCGGCUAACGAUGCGGCCAACGAUAUGACCAACGUUAAGGGAGGAAGGCUGCUAAGAAAUCUGCACAAGAACAACCUUCUCGUUGAUCACAGAGAAGGGGUUAAUAGGGUGUCCAAGAAAUACGCCGCCGAAAUGGGUGGGGCAAAUAAUGUGGUAGUACAUCGAAAGAGGAGGAGAAAAAAUUUAGAUGACAGCAGCAGGUAUGUAGAAAAUGAAGGCAUCAACGGAAUGAUCGCUGGGGGUACAGACGGACAUGUUUUUACCAAUGUUAAAUCUGAUAGCACUCACGUUGGAGUGAUGACCCCCUCCCCUAAUGACACUGCAUGUGCUGAGGCGAAGCAUAUCAGUAAUGAUUUUGGCAUGUCUCGUAAUGACUGCAACGGAGGGGUUAAGCAGAAUGGAGGUAUCAACCAGGAUCAAGGCUCUACAAAUAGUUUCGAUGUUAACAGGUUUGAGAGAAUUAAUGAUCAUAGCAGCGGUGGGGGACGUGCUGUCUACAUGGCGAGGAAUAGCUUCACCGGUGUAAGUAACUUCAUUGGGGGAGGUUCCCCUUCCAUGCCGAAUGGAAACAGUAAACCGGAGGAGGGAAAUUCAAAAAACUACGAAAAUUACAAUGCACAUAGUAACAACGAGUAUGAAACAUACAACGAUAAUGGUACUGAACAAAAUAAUCACAACAGAGUAGAACAGGAUGGAAUGGUGGGUAUCAACAUGGACCAGGCAGAUGACAGGAGAAAUGGCCUGAACAACUCCUCCCUACAAUCAAACAUAUAUGUAAAAACAAGUGAAGCACCCUCAUUUGGACAUCCAAGAGGAGGCAUUAAAAUGAAGGGUCAUCGUCAUAAGAAAAAAGGAAGAGCUUUACAUAGACUGCAUGCAAAUAUGAAUAUCAUAAAAGGAAUAAAUAAAAAUAGCGAAUCAAAGUUUGGUCAUUCAACAAAUGGAACUAUGCCGCAUUCGCAAAACCUGGACAAGAAAAAUUUUUUCACGAAUGAGAAUAAUAUGGAUCAUUUAGUGAAUGACAGAGUAAGGAGCUCACCGGGGUCACACUUCCAUGGGCACAGUAAUGCGAAGGAGGACUAUGCUGACAGUAAUGACAAUGACUACAUGAAUAACGAGAACACCUCGCAUAAUUACGGGGCUCGGUUCAAUGAGGAUUUUUCCGACGCGGAGAACGACGGUGAGCAGAAGAAGCGGAAAAAGCGAGUCACCGAGGAAGGCUCCAAGGAGAGCAGCAAAAUCAACGUAGGGAACAACUACCAAGUGCCCAAGCUGCCGAACUUCUUUCUCUGCCGCUCGGAACUAAUGUACAGAAACUACGAAGCGGUGGAAGAAACAAAUAACGAUCAAGUUUGCCUGACAUGUUCAGGCCUCCCUUGCCAUUGCCGAGUAGGAGAAGCGACGUUAGUAUAUUCCCCAUUAAUGUUAGAAAGGGUACGAGAAAAAUGCAUGAAAAACAGAGGCUACCACAAAUGCGUAAAAAACGAAAUCGAACUAUCUGCAUAUGUUCAAGAGUGUGCAAAAAGCUGGAAAUCAAAUAUAGACGAAUGGGUCCCUUUUUCACCUGAGUAUGCAUAUAAAUUAUUGCAUUAUGCCAAUUACGAUCCGCAUAAAGCUAUUAGCAUUAUGAAGUCCUCGGAGUUUUCCUUUCGCAAAAUUAUGGACCCUCCCACGAGGAAAUAUCAGAACAAAUGGAAGCCAAAGGAUAAGCGGGAGCAUAUUUCCAAGAACCCCUUCCCGUCUCCUCUAACAAUACGGACGUACCUCUCCAAGAGGCACCACAUCAGUGGCUACCACCUUAGAUGA